UAGCCCUCGUAGUCUUUUCUCAGUUAGUUGGUAGAUGAUCUUAGUCGCUGUCCUAAUGGAAUAAUCACACAUGAGCAAGGUAAAACAGCAAGAUGAUCUGCCCUCUGUUUUUUGCAUUUUUGGUUUUUCUUGCAGUGGAUGCAAGACCCACCAGAUGCCUAAUUGUUGCUCCAAAUAAAAUUCACCUGGGAGUGGAAGAGACUGUGAGUGUUCAGCUUCAUGGAGCAACUGAAGAAAUCAGCAUGCAGCUAUACUUUGAAAAUCAGAAUCCUUCAAAAUUUCUGUCAGAACAGAAAUCUAUAUUCCUUAACAAGGACAAUAGCUACCAAGCUGUGGUAAAACUUAAGGUUGAUCCUAAGAAGUAUGAAAGUAUUGUUGGAAGAAAGAAAAUGGAUCCAUAUGUUCAGCUUGCAGCUACAAGCAAUGUCUUUGCAGGCAAAGUAAAAAAAGCCAGCAUCUUUUUGUCAACUAAAAGGGGGUACAUUUUUAUCCAAACAGACAAGCCCAUUUAUAAUCCUGGGGAAAAAGCAAAAUACAGAAUCUUCACCCUAGACAACUACAUGCUCCCCAUAAAGGAUGAAAUUCACAUUCAAAUAGCAAAUUGCAAAGGUUUGAUUGUUUACAAUCAUAUUUUCAUUUCUGACCAAAUCUUGGAAAAAACUAUCACUAUACCGGAAGUGGAGCUGGCUGGCAAAUGGAAAAUCAUUGCAUCAUUCCAUAAGUACCCUGAAUCUAUCUCAGCGGUGGAGUUUGAGGUCAAGGAAUAUGUUUUGCCCACAUUUGAGGUUAAAAUUGAGUCUACACAGCCUUACCAUAUUUUGAUGAGCAAGUCCUUUCCAUUCAACAUCUCUGCCAGAUAUACUUAUGGAAAGGGGGUCAAUGGGAUAGCAUAUGUUCGAUUUGGACUUAUUGAUGGAAUGGGGAAUAAGAUAUAUCUUCCAGGCACUGAACAGCAAAUAGCAGUAGAGGAUGGCACUACAAAUACAGAAGUAUGCACUGAGGUCUUAAAGAAGGCAUCAAAAAAUAACACUCAAGGCCAUAUAGAGGGAUAUUAUCUUUAUAUUGCAGUCUCAGUUUUGGAAAAAGCAAGUGGCAAUCUAGAGGAAGCUGAAAGUUCUUCUGUGAAGAUUGUGACAUCACCAUAUGUUGUUGAUCUGUCAAAAACCAAGACAUAUUUCACCCCGGGUGGCCUGUUUUCCAUUUUGGCUACUGCAACAUAUCCAGAUGGCCAAAGAGUCCCAAACUUGAAAUUUACAGCCACUGUUACAAUAAAAGGAUCACCAGAGCAGAUUCUGAGCAAUGAAGGCUGGGGAAAUGAAAUGGGAGAUGUAGCCAUGUCCUUUCAAAUACCACCACAGGCUAAGAAAUUAACUAUAACGGUUUUUGCCGAGGGGAGAGACCAGGAGGCAAUUCGUAGUGAUAAAAAGAUGACAGCCAGUGCAAUAAAAGAUGAAGAACACAGCUAUCUUAGUUUGGAAGUGGAGCAACAUUUCCUACAGCCUGGAGAAGACUUGAAAGCCACAUUACGGGACAUUACACCCCAGGGUUCAGAAAAACCAACUUUCUUUUAUUUUAUGGUUUGGAGUAAAGGACAAAUUGUGCAGUUGGGGAGGGUGCCAAGAACUGAAAUCACAACAAUCAAUGUGAACUUUAAAGUGGAUAUGGUGCCUUCUUUUCGCCUGGUCGCCUACUAUUUUACACCAAAAGAAAAAAUAGUGGCUGACUCUGUGUGGGUCGAUGUGAAAGAUGUCUGCAAAGGCAAGGUGGAAAUUGAUCCAAUGGCUGAGAUAAAACCUGCAACUGGGUUUAAGGUGACGGUCAGAACAGAUCCAAAGGCCAAGGUGGCUCUUGCCGCAGUGGACUCAGCUGUUUACAUUCUGAACAAAAACAAACUAAGCCUUCAAAAGAUGUUUGAGUAUAUGAACUCGUAUGACUUGGCCUGCUCUGUCGGAGGAGGAGAGGACUCCAGUGCUGUUCUGGAGAGAGCUGGGCUAACUUAUAUGUGUAACUGUGAUCUGGAAAGCCCUAUACCCAAAAAACAUAAGUGUAACUUUAACCCUGAACCUCGUAUCAGGAGAGGAGCGGACUAUGUUGCAAAAUACAAUGCAGUCGUCAACAGCUAUAAGAACAAAGACAGGAAAUGCUGUAUUGAUGGUGUAAGGCCAAGCAAACUGCAUACAUCCUGUGAUGAGCGUCUCAAAAGAGUACAAGAAUCGGACAGCUGUCGUAAGGCUUUUAAACAAUGCUGCGAAGCUGCAAAUGAGAGGAGGAAGAGGGAGAAAUUUGAGAGGAGAAAAACCAGCCUUGGAAGAGUCACUGACGACACACUGGACGAAAUUGUUAUUAAUGAGGAUGUAAUCUACCUCCGUAAAUAUUUCCCACAGUCGUGGAUGUGGACAGUCAUUGAAUCAGAUAGGACUGGCAUUAUCAGGCAUGAUGCAGUUGCUCCUGAUUCUAUAACCACUUGGGAAAUACAGGCUGUGGGCAUUUCUUCCACAAAAGGAUUCUGCAUUGCAGAGCCAAAACCCCUGAGGGUCUUCCAAGAUUUCUUUUUGUCCGUCAACCUUCCUUACUCUGUGAAAAGAAAUGAGCAGCUUCAGGUUAAAGCUGUUGUGUACAAUUACAGGCAAGAGAGUUUACAGGUAAUAGUGAAGAUGGAUAAGAAGGAAGGUUUGUGCACUGCUGGCGGCAGUGAGGUGAGGGAGGAGGUCACAGUUCCUGGUAACUCUGCAGUGGCCGUGUAUUUCACCGUGGUGCCCCUUGCAAUCGGAAAUAUCCCCAUCACCGUGCUGGCUUACGCCUCAGACACUGCCCACGAUCGAGUAGAAAAGGAGCUCCGUGUGGAGGGAGAAGGGGAAAUCGCCUCUAUUGACAGGGAGUUCAACAUUGAUCAAAAAUUAAGGGAAUUAGAGAUUGAUAUACCAGUCCCUGAUGAUGAGAUCCCUGGUGGGACAGACUCAGAGAUCUUAUUGAGUUUAAAAGGUGGUGUGAUGGGCGAGUCGGUAGAUAACUGUCUAAACCUGGAGGGUGUUGAUAAACUCAUUAAGCUGCCCACUGGCUGUGCGGAGCAGGUUAUGGUAAAGAUGUCUCCUGCUAUUCAUGCCAUGCGGUACCUGGAUGCCACCGACCAAUGGAUAUCACUGAAAGCUGAACGAAGAGAUGAGGCCAAAUCAAUGAUCCAAACUGGUUACAGCACAGUCCUCACACACAAGAAAACUGAUGGCUCUUACGGAGCCUUUCUGCAGACUCCCAGCAGUAUUUGGCUUACUGCAUAUAUUGCCAAGGAGCUGACGGAGUCCCGGGACAUUAUCAAUGUGAAUGACGUAUAUAUUCAGGAUGCCAUGUCUUAUCUCAUUUCCAAACAGAAGAGCAACGGUGCAUGGGAUGAUCCCAAUCGCCUAUAUGACAGAGGAAUGAAGGGAGGAGUUGGAAAGGCGAAAGAUGAUGUUCCCCUAACUGCUUUUCUCCUUAUAUCAAUGAACCAUGCUUCGAAAGUCUACGAGCUGGGAACUGAUACAGAACUGAGAGUAGCUAUUGAUAAAGCAAAGUCUUAUCUAGAUGGGCAGUUGGAUGCUUUGGAGAGUCCCUAUUCGCUUGCCAUCACAGCUUAUGCCUUGACCUUGCAUGACCAUCAAAGUGCAGAAGCCCGGCGAGUGCAGCAGAAGCUAAAAGACAUUGCUAAUUGUGACCACCAAACUUGUUUUUGGGAUGCCAAAGGUGGCAGAGGCAAAUUAGAGGGUAAAGCUGAGGCUGAAUCUGUGGAGACCACAGCAUAUGCUCUACUCAGUAUGCUGUCAGUGCCUGACAUGAAGACUGCUAAACUCGCUGCAAACUGGCUGACAGAGCAGCGCAAAUAUGGUGGUGGAUUUCAGUCCACACAGGAUACAGUCGUGGCCCUUGAGGCUCUGGCAAAAUACAGCAUACAGAACAACGAUAUACGAGACCUGGAUCUGAGGGUGGAAAUGUGCCUUGAAAAUGGCAAAAAGCAAGAUUUUCAAUUGACCAAACAUAAUGCGCUCACCACAGAAGCUGUUAAGGUCAGAAAUGCUGGUAAAUUUACCCUAAAUGUUCAGGGAACGGGACAUGGAACAUUAACAGUUGUGCAGACAUACAGAACUAUGAAAAAGGAUGAAUCGUACUGUGAUCUUUUUCACCUUAGUGUUACAGUGGAAGGAGAGCUGGAAUACAAAAUGUACAAUAAGGAAGAAACGUUUGAUGAUUAUUACAACUACGAAGCCGAGGAGGAUCAAAAAGAUGAGCCCAUGAGCAGCAUAGAAUGGUUUGAUCUUCGCAGCCGCCGAAAAAGACAAAUCUCAGAGGAGCCAAAGAAAGAGAGUUCACUCAUAUACACAGUGUGUGUGGGCAUGAAGAAGAACAAUUCUGUUGGCAUGGUCAUGGUGGACAUCUCACUCCUAAGUGGACUGAUGCCACACAUCAAGGAUUUGGAACAUAAUGUAAAGGGCUCAGAGAGGUACAUUGAUCACUACGAAACCCACCAUAAUAAAGUCUUUCUUUAUUUUGCGAAGAUCACCGAAACCGAGGAGUGUCUUCAGUUUGGUGCUGACCAGGUUGUUCCCAUGGGCCUUGUCCAACCUGCUUCUGCUGUCAUCUAUGACUAUUACAGCCCAGAAAAGAGAUGUGGCAUAUUCUAUACAGCCCCUCAGAAAAGCCCAAUGAUCUCCAAACUGUGCAAUGGGGAUGUGUGUACAUGUGCAGAGGGUGGUUGUCCAAAUCUGAAAGUCACCUUCAGCAAGGAUAUGAAAAAUAACACCCGGAGCAGAUUUGCAUGCUACGAUCCUACCGUUGACUAUGUCUAUGUGAUUAAAAUGGUCAACUCAAGCAGAGAUGAAGUGUUUAUGCACUAUACCAUAUUAAUCACUGAUGUUCUUCAGACUGGGAUGGACUCUAGUAUCCAGAAAGAUGUCACGCGCCAGAUGAUACUGCGCUUAUCUUGUGAUAAAAUGGAGCUGAAUAAUAAAGCACAAUAUCUGUUCAUGGGUCAGAACAACGCAAUCUCAGUUCUGAAUAACGAUGGACAACAUUUCAGGUAUGUACUGAACAGUGACAUGUGGAUCGAGAAGAUACCAGAAGAAAAGCAAUGCAAGGCAACCUCAAGUCGCUCUGCCUGCUUUCAUCUUAAUGAAUUUAUAACGAAACACCCCAUUAAACGCUGUGAUAUUUAGAAAACAUAACGGAGAUGGUAAAAUAACCACUUAAAACAUCAUUAUUUGGCUCUGUAAAUCAUGUGCUUUUAUUUCUAGUGCAUAUACUGACAUAUAAAGAGACUGUUACAGUUGUUUGAUACAUUGGAAAAUAGAGUCAAGCAUUUCAAUUCAGUUUUCCGUGUUAUUGGCAAUACAGUAGAUUCACGUCACCUUUCAUUCUGAUACAUAGAGGGAAGUCAAAUGGAAGAAAUGUAUUACGAUAAUUCCAGAUAUUAUCUCUUUGACACGACUUGACCUUUAGCUUUUCAGUAUUACAACACCAUAAAACAAGGGUCCUCUUUUUUAAGGGGUAUUUUUAGAGAUGCUACAUUUCUGAGCACCAAUGAGUGCAUUAUUGCAGUUUAAAUACUACGUUUAAAAUGCUUCAUGUGUCCUGUUGUGGUUAUACACUGUACAGUUUUAUUAUGGAAUACUGUAUUUAGUGGCUUAAACAACACUGUCUUUUUAUCGCUUGCACUCGUUCAUGACUCCAUAUAAAGUACAGAUGAUGUCCUGAUCGUGACUGUGUUGCUUUUGUGACCGUCGUGGUGUAACAUCUGGGCCAAAAUGAUCAAGCAGUAAAAAAAUUUUUUUUUUUUUUUUUACAUUUUUCAUUCAUUUUCCUACAUUCAUAGAAAACAAGCAAUAAAACAAAAUAAAAAAAACAGUAGUAAAUGCUUCAGUAAUACAGUAAACUACGGCAAGUACCCUGCAAAUUGUUCUUCCAUGAAUUUGGCAACUUAAAAUGCAGCAGUGGCUGUGUGAUUUAAUUUUUCCCUUAUUGUUUUAUGUUCAUAUUUCCGUUGUCUUGAUAUGAAAGAUUCCCUUUGAAGUGGUGACUAUCAUGUGCAUGAGAAAAAACUGUUGUACUUCACUAGACAUUAGCUUUGUACACCUUGUGAAAACCACUGAAGGCAGCAGAUAACUGCAGAUAAACAAAACACUUCAACUUAGAAAAAUAACUUGUACAUUAUACCAUUGUGUACAAAAUAAAUAAACUUGCUUUAUAACCUUU